AUGCCACCUCUCCCAGACCGGUCGCUUGAGCGACGAAGAGUAGUUUUAUAUCAUCAAACCCUGAUCCCAGGCGCGGGCCCAUAUGUCCCCAUGAUGCCACUUGUGGAACACAAUACUGGCAUCACACAUGUGAUUCUAGCAGCUAUACAUCUCAAUGAUGACCCAAACCACAUCACUCUCAACGAUGACCCACCUGACAACCCCAAGUUCGACCCCCUAUGGGCCGAAGUGCCCCAAGUUCAGGAGGCCGGCGUGCAGGUCAUGGGUAUGUUGGGAGGUGCGGCACCUGGCUCAUUCACGCGACUCGAUGGCGACCAAAACCAGUUCGAAAGAUUUUAUGUCCCUCUGAGGGACAUCCUGCGCCGAUACAAUCUCAAUGGACUCGAUCUCGAUGUGGAAGAAGAAAUGUCUCUUCAGGGCGUGAUUCGUUUGAUUGACCGACUCAAGGCCGAUAUGGGCGAUGAAUUCAUCAUCACGCUCGCUCCAGUUGCCGCUGCGCUCCUUGGCGCGGGCAAUCUCUCUGGCUUUGAUUAUAGACAACUCGAGCAGGCACGGGCAUCUAAGAUUGCCUGGUACAAUGCACAGUUUUACAAUGGCUGGGGGCCUGCUGAGGACCCUCGGAUGUAUGGGGCAAUUAUCUCGCAGGGCUGGUCUCCGCGCCGAAUUGUGUACGGUAUCCUGACGAACCCGGGCAAUGGGUCACAGGGCUAUGUUUCGCGCGAAAAGAUGAGCCCUGUUCUUGCAGCCCUAGUUGAGCAGUUCCCGACUUUCGGCGGUGUUAUGGGUUGGGAGUAUUUUAAUGCCUUGCCUGGAGGUGAAGCUGAGCCAUGGCAGUGGGCGGCCGAGAUGUCAGUUAGUAUGGGCAUGAAGGACGUGGUGACUGCUGCCAAACAGCUUUUGACCAUGAAUAAUUUAGUGCGUGGUAUGAUGAACCAAGGGAGAUGA